AUUUUUUUAUCCAUUUGGGUGACAUUUGUGAUUUCAGACGUGAGGAUGUUUCUCUCCUCAAAUAUUUUGCCUAUAAAUCCUGGUUGCUGGUUCCGCAUUCAAUUACACUCUGCCUUGUGGUGUGGUGUGGCACUCUUGAAUUGAAUGUCAACCAACAAAAUGUGUGAGACGAUUUCAUUGGCAAUACUAUUGCUGGUGUUAGGCAGUCCAUGCUCAGCUGCUUUUUCUUGGAAGACUGAGAAUAAAAUUAAGACAGCAGUUCAUCUUUCCCCCAAGAUUGAAAUAGGACCGGGAUCGGUUUCGAAUAAAAAUUACUAUGAUAUUGAUUUUCCAAGAGGUCAUGUUGCUCUCAAGGGUUUCACUGCUGAAGUUGUUGAUGAAGCUGGAAACUCUGUACCCCUCCAUGAAACUUACCUCCACCACUGGGCUCUUAUAAGAUACCGUCAAUCCAAGUCCAAACUUGCAACACACGCAAGCUAUGAUCCUCAUCGUGUGCUUCAUGUGUCAGACUCAAUCUCAGAAUCAGGGGUUGUGAGAAAUAGUGGCAUAUGCCAGGGAAAUGUUCUUGGACAGUAUUAUGGAAUUGGAUCUGAAACAAGAGGAACAAAUACGGAUAUUCCAGAUCCUUUUGGGUUAGAAAUAGGCAAUCCUGAAGAAGGGUAUGAGGAGAAAUGGAUGCUUAAUAUCCACGCCAUCGAUACGCGAGGCGUAGAGGAUAAGUUGGGGUGCACUGAGUGUAGGUGUGACCUUUAUAAUGUUACAGUCAAUGAAUUUGGCAAGCCUUUGCCUCCAGAUUACAUAGGGGGUUUGAAUUGUUGCUAUCAUGAGACUCAGUGCAGGUUGAAGAAAGGCUUUCAAGCUCCCAAGAGAAGCCUCUAUUUGAGAUACACAGUGAAGUGGAUGGAUUGGGAUGAAUAUGUUGUUCCUGUUAAGAUUUAUAUAAUUGAUGUGACUGAUACUUUGAAAAUUUCAGAUACUUCAAGUAUAACAAGCUCAGAUCAUGAUUGCCGGGUUGAGUAUGAAGUAGAUCCUUGCAACACAGACACCAAGAAAGGUAAUGAUUGUCUUGAUGUGAAGAGAACAAGGCUCCCAUUUCCAAAGGGUGGUUAUGUUGUGUAUGGUGUAGCUCAUCAGCAUUCAGCUGGAAUUGGAGCAACUCUAUAUGGACAGGAUGGAAGGGUAAUAUGUACCUCAAUGGCAAAUUAUGGAACUGGAGAUGAAGCAGGAAAUGAGGCAGGCUACAUUGUAGGAAUGACCACUUGUUAUCCUAAACCAGGUUCUGUAAAGAUCAUUGAUGGCGAAAAAUUAACCCUGGAGUCAAACUACAGCAGCAGCACUCGAAGUCACACUGGAGUCAUGGGGCUUUUCUACCUACUGGUUGCAGAACAGCUUCCUCAUCAACACUACUUCACCCAUUCCUCUUCUUUCUUCAGGAAUAGGAAUAUCAACAAUGUAUUUAACUAAUAGGAGUGGUGUGUCAUGUAAUAUAAUAUAAAUAUGUGAAAAGUAAAACAAAUAAUUCAGGCCAUUAGGGUGAAGAAUA